GAUUACUCGCGGAUUUGUUUACCCAAAAUUACGAUUCUUUAAACGUAAAAACGUUUAUUAUGAGUCAUGAUUAUGCCUCCUUCCAUCCUCCCACUUCUCUCUCUUCAAUCCCACGAUGCAAUGCGCCGACUCACUCGGAUCAUGGACCAAAGCGAACAUACUUCAGGUCAAAGGUUUCCUCAUUGUGACCCCCUUUUGACAGACAACGAUCUCCAAGGAAGCGAUGGCUCAGGGAGUCUGGGCGGACCGGAUGUCCGCAGGCGCAUCCCCAUCAAGCUCAUCUCAAAGCAGCCCCUGAGGGUUAAACCUCCGCCCCGUACCCAGAGGCCUGGCAACAGGUUGCCGCUAAAAACCGAAACUGCGGUAAAAGACGAUAACUUUGGCUUCAAGCAAGAGAAGUUUGACUUUGGUGGUAAAUCAGGAGAUGUGUUUGCUGCCCAGCGGAGAUACCCACAGCCACUGUUUUGGGACUAUAAGUUGAAUCUGAUUGGCGAAAGGGAUGAGGUCCCAAUUCACUUUUGUGACAAAUGCGGGCUUCCUAUCCAGCUGUAUGGACGUAUGAUUCCCUGCAAACAUGUCUUCUGCUAUGAAUGUGCUUUGCUCCAUGAGAAGAAAGGGGAGAAGCUGUGCCCUGGUCUGACCAUGUACAGCUGCACAGACCCAGUGCAGCGUAUUGAGCAGUGCCAACGCGGCUCCCUGUACAUGUGCAGCGUGGUGUCGGGCUGCAAGCGCACCUACCUGUCCCAGCGGGAUCUCCAGGCCCACGUCAACCACCGUCACUUGAGGUCGGCCAAGUCAUCAGGCCGCCAGGAGCCCGUACACCUGCCCCCGGCGUCCGAUGUCCCCGAGCGCUUUCGCGUGCCCCCGCCCCACCUGACCAAGAACCACGUGCACAUGCCCAACCCACACCCGCACGGUGGGCACGACCCGUACGGGCAGCCGCCGCCCCCCGUACCCCACGACGGGCCCCCCGAGACGUAUCGUAUCGCCACGGUGACCACGCGCAAACACAGCAACCUCAUCACCGUGCCCAUCCAGGAUGACUCGUCAUCGGGUCCGGGCCAGCCGCCACCGCACCACCGCCCCGGGGACUAUCCGGGUCAGCCGCCCGUGGUGCCGCAUGCCCACCACAUGAUGGGGCCGCCGCCACCGCCGCAGCAGCACUUUGGGCCGCCGCCCCCGCCCAUCAAUCACCCCAUGCAGCACCCUCCCCAAGGCGGCGGGACACCCCACAUGGUGUACAACCAGGCCCCGCCGCCACCCAUGUCCGGAGCCCCACCUCCUAUCACCCCACCGCCAGGUCACAUCAUGGGCCAAAUGCCACCCUACAUGAACCACCCACCCCCGGGACCUCCACCCCAGCACAGCGGACCCCCAGUAAACGCGCCCCCGCCUCAUCACUAUAAUCCCAACUCCAUGCCGCAGUUCCCCGAAGACCAGGGAACCCUCAGCCCGCCAUUCAACCAACCAGGAGGCCUCAGCCCCGGAAUGUGGCCCGCUCCCAGGGGGCCUCCCCCUCCACGGAUGCAGGGGCCCCCACCUGGGCCCGGGCCCCACCACCCAGACCAGGGCCGCUACCGACCUUAUUAUCAGUAAAUUGCCAUCUCAAUGACUGGACUGUAGGCUUGGAAUAUUUCCAUGGGAAUUUAAUUUUAGAAAUAUCCCAAAUUGGAGACUUUCCAUGGGAAGGAAAAGUAUCCUCCUAUCCAAGCAUAAAUAAACACAUUUUAUCAUAAGCAGACAUCCAUGUAAAGUAGAUGGAUCUCCUUGCCCAAGUAUGUCAAAAUGAAGUUUGUUUAAAGCCACCAUUCAAUAAUUUAGUUUCAUUAAUUCCCAUGGAAAUAUUCCAACUUGAACAUUUUGCAACCCUACCGGGCUGUACCACUUGUAUGAAAAUGUGAUGGUAAACCUCAGGGUUGGAGUGUGGAAGUAGAUAUUUCGAUAAAGCUGCCACUUGAGUUUGUGGUGCACAUUUUUAGUUACUUGCUUUCCCGCUGAGCAGACAAUAGACUUGGGAAAGAGCAGCCACCCUAUUCUUUUUAAUAAAAAAAAUAAAAAAACUAUCCUUCAAGUAUUUUUGUCCCAUAUUCUGUCAGCUGACCCAUAUCUCCUGGUACUUUAUCAAUGGAAAGUCUCCAUUCAAAGUCCACUGGCUGUUCAUCUAGAGAAUGACAUUGUUUGACCAAUAGGUCUUCAAACUCAGUUUUCAUUCACAAAUGUUGAGAUGUUUAGUCCUGUUGAGUUUGUGUACCAAAGUUGGUUGAAAAGUGACACAAAUAAAACACAACUAGCACCAAAAAAAAAAGUGUCGUUAUUCAAGGAUAUUUUCACUUUCAUGUCGAUUCGUCAAUGUCGAUAAAGGCCUCUGAGGGCUUCAUGUGUCAGACAUUUAUUUCAACUGCAUUCUAGCAACGAUUUGAUCCAAUCAGCCAUUAAAAAAAAAAAAGUAGCCCACUGGAUUUCACAACACACAUUUCCACUCUUGUGUGAAUGGUAGAAUAAGGACAACUGUGUUUUAAAAAAAACAAAAAAAAAGGGGUUUACUUGCACGGUACAAAAAAAAAAAAAAAAGCAUUAGUCACAUUAAUACAGAAAUAAACCAAUGGCACAUUGAAUUCCUAGAUUUUAAAAGUGGUUUUU